GACAUUACCGAGCGAGCUUCGGUGGCUUCGGUCUCUUCCGAACGAUGUUUCUGACUUUCUGAGAGAGUAUGUGAGGUGUCAAAGCAACUAGGCAAGUUUUCCCGGUCAGUGCCUGCUUGAUGUUGGUUGAUGUUGGUAGGGUCAAUCGCGAUUGCGGGGCAGUGGUAUUCCGUGCUAUUUAGUGUUACAGCGAGUAGUAGGAUCACAGGUGGAUUGUGUGAUAUGUCAUAUCGUUGCGCGUACUACGGAGAAUUAAUCGUGGCGGAUGUGUUUACGACAACGUGAGAGAUCCCUCGUUUCCGUUCUGAUCGAUGCAACGCGUCCGUAUUGCGUCUGUCUUCGAGGUCUUCCAUCGAGAUUUCGCGGCACGUUUAUGAUGUAGACGUCCCUCGAGACGCAUCAAGCAAGCCUCGGGGAAACGCUUGAAACGGACGUUUACUCGUAUAUUUAAAGAGUGUUUUAGCAAGCAAAGAUUUCAAAAUUCUUCCAAUCAUGCCGAUGGAAUUUUUGGAACGGUUACCGAUUCCGAAUCUUCGGUUGUAUACCGCCAUAAGCUUCACCGGACUGUCUUGUUCGCUAUACUAUGCCUCUCAAAUAAUCAAGGACCCUGCUUGGAGAACGAAUCACACGCACGUUGAUGUGGCAACCCAAUCUGGAAACGAUAUCGAUCUGUCUGAUCCGAGAAGUUUUGGCACGCAUCUUAAAGAACUCUUGGAAUGUAUGGUGGUAGAACCUGUUUGUGUCUGGACUUUAAUGAACAUGGCAUACUGCAUGUUGAUUCUUCUUGGUAAAACCAUCCAAAAGCUUGUAUUUGGUGAGCUGCGUGCCUCAGAAAGUCAACAUUUGAAAGACAAGUUUUGGAAUUUUAUUUUUUAUAAAUUUAUCUUCGUUUUUGGAGUUUUAAACGUACAAUACAUGGACGAAGUUGUACUCUGGUGGGCAUGGUUUAUGGCACUCGGCUUUCUGAGUCUUCUCAGUCAACUUUGCAAAGAUCGAUUUGAAUACCUGUCCUUUUCACCCACCACGCCAGGAUGGAGUCAUGCGCGACUUCUCGGAUUGUUGGCCGCAAUUCUUGUGCUAUCCUUUUUCAUGCUCUUAUUCUGCAUCGCUGCAGCUUUCUUCUUCAUAUCUUUUAAUAUUUUUGCUUUUAUGGCAGCUGAGUGUAUUUUACUCGGAGUCCGUACGAUUCACGUCAUGUUGCGUUACGUGAUACAUCUAUAUGAUACUCGUGGCGCUGGUACUUCUGCACAACGUUCUUGGGAUAAACGUGGUCCCUUGACCUACUAUACGGAUUUGAUAUCGGAAUUAAUUGUAUUGGCAGUUGAUUUUUUUCAUCAUGUUCACAUGCUUCUAUGGAGUAACAUAUUUUUGAGCAUGGCAUCGCUAGUGAUAUGUAUGCAACUGAGAUAUCUGUUUUAUGAAAUACAACGGAGGAUCACGAAACACAGAAAUUAUUUGGCUGUACUAAAUCAUAUGGAACAAAAUUAUCCAAUGGCUUCGCAAGAUGAGUUAGCAGAGAACUCUGAUAACUGCGCAAUAUGUUGGGAGAAGAUGGAAAGCGCUCGUAAAUUACCCUGUACGCAUUUGUUUCAUAAUUCGUGUUUACAAUCCUGGUUAGAACAGGACACAUCGUGCCCUACUUGUCGAUUAGGUUUGAGUAUGCAAGCGAAUCACAGAGAAAACACUCCAGAAAUGCCUCCCGAGCCACAGACUCCUACGAGAAGAAAUGGUAACCAUUUCUUCCUUUUUCUCGAUGCAUCGAGAUACGUAUCUUGGUUGCCCAGCUUCUCUGUCGAGGUCUCUCAUAACAGAUUACGUGGUAACAUAUCUACAUUGGCACACACUAAUUCCCAAAUGGAUGCUAUGGCGAGACAGGUACAACUACUUUUUCCGCAUUAUUCUCGCAAUGUAAUCCUAGAAGACCUUAGAAUGACUCGAUCUGUUGAAUGGACAAUUGAGAAUAUACUCGAUGGGGUAUUAACUAUACCACAUCAUUUAAUCGAAGAACCGCAAGAAGAAUCCGUCCCACAAAUGCAAUCGACUAUGACAAAUAUGCCCAGCUCUUCGAUUCAAAAUCCAUCGGAUCCUAGAUUCGAUAUUCCUUUUGCCGAUAGCGGAGAAGAACCUUCGAGCCUUGGUGGCCGUUUCUCGAAAUCAUCUGCUGAGAGAGAACUUAUACUUCAACGACGAAAAGAACAUAUGCGAUUAACAGCACGCAGAAGGUAUUUGGAGAGACAUCGGAAAAUGGAGAUUGAUUCGACAAAUUCGCAGAUAACGAAUAUUGAGGACACUGAAAAUAUUGCAUCCUAG